UUUCUGCUGGUAUUUUAGGUCUCACGGCUACUCUCACUAUCUCUUCUUCUUCCUUCUAUAUCUCAUUCUCUCUCUCUCUCUCUUUCUCCGAAGAUUUUGAUUGUUUCCGAUUACCCCGAUCAAAGUCUGGCAAAUUCUGAUCUAUCAUUGCUGGAAACUAUGGGAUCUCCGGCCAAUCUCGGGUGAGCUCACACGUCCUUGCCUCGAGAGUUCUCAUCUACCCAUGGCUUCCGAGGAAGGUCUUGGCGUCUUCGGGUUCGUUUUGUGACAUCGGCUUAUCAGCUUUUGUCGUUGACAGCGGCGGGUUUAGUAUUUCUAGUAUUUGAUGUGGUUGAAAAGGAAUGGACGUUUUCGUUUUCGCCGUUGCUCGAUAGAGAGGAUUUGAAGCAGCUUCUAGCUGCCCGGGUCCACUAAUGGACACAUACUCCUCUGGUGAAGAACUUAUUAUUAAGACGCGAAAACCGUAUACAAUUACAAAGCAACGAGAGCGAUGGACAGAGGAGGAGCAUAACAGGUUUCUAGAAGCCUUGAAACUUUAUGGGCGAGCUUGGCAGCGGCUAGAAGAACAUAUAGGAACAAAGACUGCUGUGCAGAUCAGGAGUCAUGCACAGAAAUUCUUCUCUAAGUUAGAGAAGGAGGCUCUCAUUAAAGGUGUUCCCGCAGGACAAGCUCUUGAUAUAGAAAUUCCACCUCCACGCCCUAAGAGGAAACCAACCAAUCCUUAUCCACGGAAAAAAAGCAUCAGUGUUCCUGCAUCACAGGUGGGAGCAAACGAUGGAAAACUUUUGACAUCAGUUUCGUCUUUGCAUUUUAAACAAGCACUGGACUUGGAGAAAGAACCACCACCUGAGAAUGGAAGUGAAAAACUGAAAAAUGCGAAAGAUAAUCAGGAUGACAAUUGCUCAGUGCUCUUCCUUCACAAAGAAGCCCAACAAUCUUCUGUUUCUUCAGCAAACAAAGGUUCUGUAUCUAGUCCUGUCGCACUCAGAAACUCAUGUAUGUCAAGGGACUUUAUCCCUUCAAUUAAAGGUGCAAUUACACAGGAUGAAACAAAUGAAUCCUUUGUCACCGUCGAACAUGAAGAAAAUCAGAAGUCAGACAAAGCUGAUGCCAAACUGGUUCAGGGUACUAGCACUAGUAAAGGCUCAACGUUGGAGAAUUUGAAUGUCCCACACAAGAAAUCUGUUCAAGGUGAAAAAACAGAUGACUUGAGUUGUGCAUUGCCAAUAGAGGAGAUGCAAACCACUCAGAACUAUCCAAGGCACGUCUCUGUGCACAUUCUAGAUGGAAGCCUAGGAACGUGUACUCAAACUCCUUCCUCAGAUAUGUCAUUCCAGGAGUCCAUAUUUCACCCAAUGGGAGAGGUUCGUGGUCACCCUAACCUGUUCCACCCCGCUUCAACUGCCAGUUCUGAACACCAAAUGAACAUUCCCAGAUCUUCUGUUCAACAAUCAUUUCCACCUCCUCCCUUUACGCCAAUUUGCCAUAAACAGGAUGACUACCAAUCACUUCAACUUUCCUCUACAUUUUCAAGUCUUAUUGUCUCUACUUUGCUGCAAAAUCCUGCAGCUCAUGCCGCAGCAACUUUUGCAGCUACCAUUUGGCCCUAUGCAAAUGUGGAGACUUCUGCAGAUUCUCCAGUAGGCAACCCAGGAGGUUUCCCAUUGAGGCAAAUGGGAUCUACUCCAAGUAUGGCAGCUAUUGCGGCUGCUACUGUAGCUGCUGCAACUGCAUGGUGGGCAGCCCACGGACUACUUCCUAUAUGUGCUCCUCUUCAUACUGCUUAUGCUUGCGUUCCCCCAUCCACUGCUGCUGUUUCACCUAUGGAUGAUCGAGCCCCAGCAGCCAAGACAGACAAAGAAGAGAAUACUCUUCAAAAUCCUUCCAUGCAACAACUGGCGCCGGAAUAUUCAGAAACUGCGAAGGCUCAUAAUUCAGCUUCAAAAUCACCUACUCUGUCCUCAUCAGAGUCUGUGGAGAGUGGAGGUGCAAAGCUAAGCACGGGAUCAAAAGUUGAUGAUCAUGAGAAGGUUGAAGCAGCUACUGAGCUCCAUGAUUUAAACAAAGCAAAAACCGAGCUCCAUGAUUUAAACAAAGCAAAAAAUAGAAAGCAGGUAGACCGAUCCUCUUGUGGUUCCAACACAACUUCUGGCAGUGAGGUAGAGACUGAUGCAUUGGAGAAGCAUGAGAAAGCAAAGUUAGAGAAGCAUGAGAAAGGAAUGGAAGAGCCAACAGAACCUGAUGCAAACCCUCUAGCUGCUGAGAUCAGUAAUCGCCGCAGCAGAACUGUCACCAAUGUGGUUGAUUUGUGGAAGGAGGUCUCCGAAGAGGGGCGGCUGGCCUUUCAAGCACUCUUCUCUAGAGAGGUGUUGCCACAAAGCUUUUCGCCUCCACCCGAUGAAAAUAACAAGGAAAAUCAGAAGGACAAUAUCAAAGAAGACAAGCAAAAUAAUGCAGAUGAGGAAAAUGGAAAUGCAUCUCUUUUAGACCUCAACAGCAGAACAUGUGGGUCUUGUUCAAACCAUCAAGUAAACUCGAAGGAAGGCAGCAACAAUGGAGAGGACGGGCUGCUAAAAAUAGGACUUGGACAUGGAAAUCUAAUAGGACUUGGACAUGGAAAUCUUAAAACUCGUCGAACGGGAUUUAAGCCAUACAAAAGGUGUUCGGUAGAUGCCAAGGAUAACCGGGUGACAAAUACCAGCAUCCAGGGGGAAGAGAAAGGUCCAAAGCGGAUUCGCUUGGAAGGGGCAGCUUCAACUUGAGUAUAGAUAAUACAUGCAAUCAAAGGAAACCUUUGUUGUUGCACAUGAUUUAUAAUUUUCCCCAUAUCUAUGUUAAUAGUCUGCUCCACUUUAAGUCCCAGCUCACGAAACUUGUCGUGUAGGUGUGUACUAUAUUGUAUGUCUACAUUUGCUCGCAUACUAUCUUGAACUCAUGCAACUGCACUUGGAAGACUUACCGUAAAUAGAAUGCAGAAAAAUCAAUCCAAGUAUUGAAUUGGCCUUGAUCUGGCCACCUUCCCCUAAA